AUGAGUUUCAUAACACAAGUGAAAUUGCUACUUCAACCAAUUAUCCUCCUAUACAAGUUCUUGUUUGGAAAGAGAAUUUCUGAUACCUCAAACAACAAUAACACCUCUCAUCAACCACCAGAUCAUGUUGCUACUACCUCUAUUAUGUCUUAUGAUUCUGGGGAGUACUCCGACCCACUACCCCUUCCGACGGGGGAGUACGAGGUGUUCUUGAGUUUCAGAGGUCCAGACACGCGUCAUCAACUCACCGAUAUUCUUUAUCGGUUUCUGGUCCAUUUAAAAAUCCGUACGUUUAGGGAUGAUGACGAGCUUCGGCAGGGAGAAGGAAUAUGGUCCAACCUCGUUAGGGCUAUUGGACAAUCCAAAGUUUAUAUACCGAUAAUGUCGGAGACUUAUGCUCAUAGCAAAUGGUGCCUUAAAGAGCUUGCCGAAAUCGUUGAAUGUCAAAAGCGAGACAAAGGGCACAUCAUACUUCCUAUUUUUUACAUGGUGGAUCCAAGAGACGUGCGACAUCAAACUGGACCUUAUCAAAGUGCUUUCCAGGAACAUGUGAAGAAGUUUGAUGCGAAAACCAUACAAGUCUGGAGAAAUGCUUUGAGCGAGGUUGGCACGUUAAAAGGAUGGUACGUCAAGAGCAAAGACGAGCAAGGAGGUAUAGCGGAUUGUGUUUCCGACAUUGUAUGGUCACAUCUAAGCAAAAACGAUACUCUUAUAGAUACCGAUGAGUUAGUUGGAAUUGACGAUUGUAUAAAUGCGGUGGUAAAUAAGCUAAGCUUAGAUUCUGAAGGUGUGAUAAUGGUUGGCCUUCAUGGGCUUGGUGGUAUCGGUAAGACUACUAUUGCAAGUGCCGUCUACAACAGAAUUUCUGCUCAUUUUGAUAGAUGUUGUUUUCUCGAAAAUAUUAGAGAAACACAAGAGCAAAAGGAUGGCACCAUCAGUUUGCAAAAGAAAUUGAUCACUACCGUUAUGAGAAAGGAUUCUGUUGGAUCUAUUAAUAAUGUCAAUGAAGGAAAGAAACUGAUUCGUGAUAGAGUCUCACAGUUCAAAGUUCUCGUCGUUCUUGAUGAUGUGGAUGAGAGGUUUACAUUUGAAGACAUUUUGGGAAAGCCUAAGAGUUUUAUCUCCGGAAGUAGGUUUAUCAUUACUUCGAGAAAUAUGAAACUCUUGAGUACUUUCAACGAAAACCAAUGCAAGUUGUAUGAGGUUGGAGAAUUGAGUCCACAACUCUCGCUUCAGCUCUUCAGCAAACAUGCUUUUAAAGGGAAUUCCCCUCCACCAGAUUACGAAAAAAUAUCAGUGGAAAUCGUAUCGGCUACCGGAGGACUUCCCUUAACUCUUAAGGUUGUCGGCUCACUUUUGUUUAGAGAAGACAAGUGUAUUUGGGAGGAUAAAUUAGCACAAAUGAAAGAAACACCCGAGAAAGAAGUAGUAGACCGGUUAAAGAUAAGUUACGAUGCACUGGGAUAUGCGGCUAAACAAAUAUUUUUAGAUAUUGCUUGUUUAUUCAUCGGUAUGGAAAAAGAAAUGCCUUCUUACAUGUGGAGUGAUUGCCAGUUCCAUCCCGUUAGUACUAUCAAUAUUCUUAUUCAACGAUCCUUGAUCAAACUUAUGGACGAUAAUAAGUUUCGAAUGCAUGAUCAACUAAGAGAUAUGGGGAGAGCAAUUGUAAGGGAGGAAAAUAUAGAAGAACCAUGGAUGAGAAGCAGGAUAUGGGAAGAUAAUGAAGGUUGGGAGCUAUUAUCUAAUAUGAAGGGAUCAAAGCAAGUUAAAGCACUUCGGGCAUACUUCUCAUUGAAUUUUAGAGACUCGGUUAAACCUGAACAUUUUGUGAAUUUACCAGAGUUAAGAUAUUUUGACGCGGUGGAUAUGGAUAUUGAUCAUGGAGACUUCACAAACAUUUUCCCGAAUUUAAGAUGGCUUGCCUUGCACUCGCAAUACUGCUACAAUGAUGAUAUUUUCCUCAGUUUCCAUAUGAGAAAUUUGGUAAUUCUUGAUCUUCGUGGCUCCGAAAACAUUGUGUCUGCACAAGGAUGGAACCAAAUCAAGUUGGCAAAGAAGUUGAAAGUUUUGGACCUUUCAGGUUGUUUUUCAAUGUACAUACUUCCCGAGUUCCCAACAUCAGGGAGUCUAGAGAUCCUAAACAUUUCUGGUUGUGGGAAGUGGGAGUACGAUUCAUGUCCAGAGAUGGAUAUUCGAAACUUGUGGAACCUAAAAGUUUUGAAUAUGAGUGAUGCUAAACUGGAUGCUAUAAGGGGAGGAACCAUUGGAAUGCUGGAGCUACUUCAAGAUCUCAAUCUCACCGACCUCAAGUGUAGGAAUGCAGAUGAAGCGUUUGUCGAUAUUGGGACAUUGUCGUGUCUUAAGGUCUUGAAAACAAUUGGAGCCGGUUAUAUUCUUUGGGAACCCGAGGAAGAAGAGGAAGAAGAAGAAGAAGACCAUGAAACAAAUCACGAGGAGGAGUUGAACGAAGAAGAGACUAAAGAUGUGAUUAUGGAGGUUCGGGUUGAAGAGACUACAAAAGAUGUGUUAGCAUUAGGGAAGCUUCCUACAAGUCUGAAGUUGCUACACACUUCAUCUCGAGUUGUUAAUCUCCCAGAGCUAUUGGAUUUGGAGGAAUUACUCGUUGAAGAUUGUGAUUUCGGGCUCGAGGUUCCUCCCGCAGAUGAAAAUACUAACAUUUGGUGGAAGGUAUCCAAAUGGAAAUCUCUAAGAAUGAAAAGAACAAAGGUGGUGGUCAUCACAACAAUGAGAAGCAACCCUUGUGCUUCUUCUUCUUCUUCUUCUUCUCUACCGUUGGUGCUGCUUCCAUCAUCUCUGACCAAAAUCCAUAUCUCGUAUUGUCCGGAACUGGAGUGGCUCCCGAUCCUAGAGAACCUCGAGAAUUUGAUCGAGCUAGUCGUCGAGAAUUGUGACAGACUGCAAGAGAUUCGAGGCCUCGAAGGGCUAAAAUCACUCCGAUCUCUCUCUAUUACCAGCCACGACACUCUAACUCGGAUUCAUGGCCUCGAGAAACUGCUGCUCCACAACAAUGUGCAAACGUUGCAGAUUACGUAUUGCCCUCUUCUCACAGCUGUAUUCCGUGAUGAUCCUGAUCAAUCAACUAUGGUCGUCGAUUCCUUGCGAGAGUUGUGCAUCUACAAAUGUAGGUCGUUGUUGCAUGAGGGUGGCCGACUACCUCGUUUCUCGAGCUUUCCGAAGCUCAUGUCUCUAGAACUAGGGGAGAUAACUAGCAUCGAAAACAAUAAUCCAUUGCAGAAAGAGGAACUGGAACUACAGCUGGAGGGGAUAGCGUGUUUAGAAGAGUUAGUUAAGUUGAAGUUGGAUGACUUUCGAUCAAUAGAGAGACUUCCUUCACUUGCAAAACUGCGCAAGUUGGCCGAUCUAGAGUUGUGGGAUAUGCCAAGGUUGUGUGAGAUACAAGGCAUCACCGAUUUGAAGUGUUUGAAGAUGUUAAGCCUUAGAGGAUGCACAAAUUUGAAUUCUCGUCAUCUUUCCACUCUCAGGACUAGUCUACCGAACGCAAGCAUAAGGUGGCCCACUAAAGAAAUUUCAUGA